AUGGACACCAAGGAUAUGACAAUCAACUCUGACUUCAAGAAGUUCAGUCUAGUGGACGAGGCAGCAAUUCAAAAAGAUUAUGCCAUCUUUGCAUUGUUCCCCGGGUCUGGCUCCGCGCUCGCUGCAGCCACCUCCGCCGCGCGCUCCCUCUGCCACCGCAGACUCUGGGCUCCGGGGGCUUUCUCGCCCGAGUCCCCGAACUCGCACUUUCUUUGUAAUCCGCUGCAUUGGAUCACCAGCGUGCCCCACCAUGUCAGACGCGGCGCGGACACCAGCUCUGAGAUCACCACCACUAACUUAAAGGAGAAGAAGGAGGUUGUGGAGGAGGCAGAGAAAUUAAGAGAUGCGCCCGCUAAUGGGAACGCUAACGAGGAAAAUGGGGAGCUGGAGGCUGACAAUGAGGUAGACGAAGAGAAGGAAGAAGGUGGGGAGGAAGAACAGGAGGAGGAAGAAGGUGAUGGUGAGGAAGAGGAUGGAGAUGAAGAUGAGGAGGCUGAUGCAGCUACGGGCAAACGGGCAGCUGAAGAUAAUGAGGAUGACGAUGUUGACACCAAAAAGCAGAAGACCAAUGAGGAUGACUAG